GCUUUUUAUGCUUUAUUUUUAUGCAACUUUUUAUUUUAAAAAAUAAAAUGAAAUAUCAUUGCAAUUUGUAGUUAUACCAAUACGCUGUCGUAUCGAGCAAUGCGUUGCGUCAUCAACCUUAAAUCAAUUGCUCUAAUUGUGAACAGAUACUGCGUUCAGCCAUAAGAGCUAGAGAUUUCCAUUGGUUCUCGGAAAAUUCGUUGAUUUUUGCUGCAAAUUUUUGAAGAUGGUGAAAGUUGGGACGUUCUUUGCCAUGUCGUUUGGAGCAUUCCUUUUCUGGGAAACAAUGGACAAGGUCCAUGUCUGGAUCGCUCUUCACCAGGAUGAGAAGAAAGAGAGAAUGGAGAACGAAGCAGAGAUAAGGAGAAUGAAAGCGGAGCUAUAUAAGCAACAGAGAGAGAAGGAUGCUAGUGCCUAAGCCGUCAUUGCUGUCCUGGUCUAUCUUUCUCUCGUCAUUUUUGAAUUCCGGCAAUAAUGCUCGACUGUAUUCAGAUAAAAAGUAUGGAUCUUGUACCAUACAUGCAAUUGACACCAAUGUACUUUGAUUUGCACAUUAAGACGUUUCACUAGGAAUAUCGGUUGGCUUUACAGUUUUUGUGCUUCCAGUCUAUCAUUCUCAGCAAUUGCUAUACCUUUUGUAAACUUGUGAUUGAUCCGCGUCGUGGUGUGAAACCAUAGAUCUUUGUGAUUCCA